AUGGAAGAAGAAGUUAUUUUUCAUGAAGAUUUUCAUCAAUAUAGCAACAUGAGUUAUAAUUAACAACUGCCAGUAGAUGAAUAUGGAAUAAAUUUACAAAAUCAUGAAUUAGUUAUAAAUUUUAGCUCUCCAUCAGCAUCUUCAUAAAAUUCAUAUUCCUCAUGUUAAAGCCACCCUCAAUCAAUAUAUGAAGAUGAAAAUACAUAGCAAAGCUCAUCUUUAGAAGAAAGAGAGAAAGAAAGCCCUUCAUAAAAUAAAUGUGAAAAUAGCACAUUAGUACUAGUGAAUAAUAAUAGUGUAAAUGUAGUAGAAGAUUAGCCUAAUUAAAUGCAUAAACUCUAAAUUGUUAAUAUACCUCUUUAAAAGUAUCUUUUUUGUAAUAGAGAGUUUUUGUUAAAUGGUGAUAUCCUUAUGAACUUCAAUCACGAAGACUUCUAAAGGAUAGGAACUUUUAACAAAUAUAAGAAGAUGGCUAAGUUAGUAAUAGAUAAAAAUAUUGACUAACUAAAUAUACACAUGACGACUUUUUAAAAAGGCGUUGACCAUUUUGGAGAAUUGAUAUAAUUCUGCAGCAGUCAGCCCAAUUAAACAAUGUACUAAAUUGCUUAGUAGCUUGUUAGACAUCAAGAAAGAGUAGAUAGAUUAAAAUAAUUCGUGUAAUCUAUAUCGAAAAUGCCUAAUUUUUAGGAAUUUGUAUAGGCUAGUGAGAUAGUUUAUCAGAAUUUUAAAUAAAAAUGCUAAGCUUAGUUGCUUUAAAUGAUAAAAGACUACACUAUUAAAUUCUACAAGACAAAAUUUAUUAAAAUUAAUUACUAAGAAGGAACUUAUGAGAUUGAAUAGAUGUCUAUGAGCUAAUUAUUGCUAGCAAUUUUAGGGGUAAGCUAAGAGUAAGCCUAAUAAUUUAUAAUGCGUAAGGGUAUGUUUGAAUUUGUUUUUUCACUGGAGGAAUUUGGAAUAGAAUUGCACUGCCUCAGCUUAUAUAAUGAAAAUAUCACAAAAUUUUCAUCAUACUGCAUGAUAAAAACUUUUGAUGGAAUUGAUUUAUAGGUGAAUACCAACUUUCAUAUCUUUUAUAAUAUGGAUAAUACGAUAGCCCGUAAAGGAGGAAUAUUAUUAACAGAAUUUUUCAUUGUUGUAGACUAUGACAUUACUCCGAAUAUGCUUAGAUAAUUAGUUGAUAUUCGUAAAAAAGAACCUAAUUUUGAAUAUCUUACCUAAUUGGAAAAUGAAUCAGAUUGGGAUUAUGCUGCAUAAUCUAAAUAAUUCAUUUAAUAAUUCUAUCCAAAUAAAUUAUGA